CCCUAAUUAGGUCUGUACUAAAUUUGGGAGUGCUUUGCUUUGAGAGAGAUUCGAGAAGAAAUGUAUGGAAGAAGAUCUGGGCUCGACAGGUUUAAGAAGUCCGAAACCUCGGAACCAUUCUCUGUAUCAGCAAAUCCUCCUCCGGUGGUGGUACAACAUUCGUCUGCGGCAUUAUCGGGGAAAACUCAGAUUGGAGCUGGUCAAUCAAACUGGCACCCACCUGAUUGGGCGAUUGAGCCUCGUGCCGGUGUCUACUCUCUGGAGGUUGUGAAAGACGGCCAGAUCCUUGAUCGGAUUCAUCUAGAUAGACGGAGUCAUAUCUUCGGGAGACAACAUCAGACUUGUGAUUAUGUGCUUGAUCAUCAGUCUGUUUCACGCCAACAUGCCGCCGUUGUUCCUCACAAGAAUGGUAGUAUCUUUGUGAUUGACUUGGGAUCAGCUCAUGGUACCUUUGUUGCUAAUGAGAGAUUGACUAAAGAUACUCCUGUAGAGCUUGAAGUAGGUCAAUCCUUACGAUUUGCUGCCUCUACAAGAAUCUACCUUUUGAGGAAGAACAGUGAGGCUCUCUUUUCUCGCCCUCAGAUUAAGCUUCCCCCACCUCCUGAUGCUUCUGAUGAGGAAGCUCUUGUUGCAUACAAUACUUUGCUGAAUCGAUAUGGUUUAAGCGAUGGAGAAUCGGGUUCUGUGUUAGGUAAAAGGAAAGAGAAUACCGGAUCAGAAGCCGGAGUGGCUAAGAGGAUGAAGAAUGUGAGAGUGAGCUUCAGGGAUCAACUUGGAGGAGAGCUGGCUGAGAUUGUUGGCAUGUCAGAUGGAGCAGACGUGGAAACAGAGCCUGGUCCUAUAAAUGUCAAAGAAGGAAGCCUCGUUGGGAAAUAUGAAUCACUGGUGCAAGUGACACUCAUACCCAAAGGCAAAGUGAAGGAAGAGAAAGCCUUUACAGGAACCAGAGGUGUGACGGAUCGACUCCAGGAAGCUAUGAAUAUGUUAAAAGGGGGUCCAAAAAGAGGGAUUUAUGAUGAUCUUUAUGGUGGUGACUCACUUGCCAAGGCCGUUGGUACGUCAUGGGCUUCUGUGAGUGAACCAGCAUCUAAAGUUAAAGAAGAAAUUGAAUGCAGAGGGGUUGGUGAAGAAGAUGAUAACGACGAUCUGUUUGGUGUCUGACUGAUUUUGAACACUCUUCUUCUUCUCUAAUGUCUACGUCCCAUUCCAGGGCAUUGAGCGAUAUGGAUUGGAGCUGAGUGUAGAUGAGUUGCUUGAGUUUGAUGCUUUUGAACAUGUCUACAAGGUUGAUUGGCACUUGAAAAACCUGCGGAAGAAGAUAAGUUCGACCUCAGAAGAGCUGAGGUCUGUAGCUGUCUAGUACUUGAAUAAGCUUAUAUCAGAAGGACAUAAUUUCUCAGAGGAUGCUAUGAGAGAUAGAGAGCCGUAUAUACACACGAGUAUGUCGGGAACCGUCAGGGUUUAAUGGGAAGGAACAUGGCUAGGCCUGCAGAACGUUGGUCAGAGACGUUGAUGAGACGGGCAGAGGAAGCAAAGUUGGUUACUCGGAUUAGAGAGGAGGAAUCAAAAGAAGAGAAGGAAGAGGAAGAAGAAGAGGAAGAAGCGAAGAAUACUCCAGAAUCUAGCUCAAGCCUUUGAAAGGCUACGGAUAUCUUGCAUGAUAGAGAACAGAACAACAAGGCAAACAGUCUUACCGCCAGAGGUGAUGCAAGAUAUGAUGGAUCAGUUCACAACUUCACAUCAAUCAUGCAACAAAAGUUCUUAUCGGGAGAAGAUCAUCAACAUUUGGAUUACACAGAGUUAAACAAUGACGAGACUCUUGAUGAUCAUUGGCUUCGAGAGAUUGGCCUUGACGCUGAAGAAAAGUACUUUGGUGAAGAAGACUAAUGGACACAGUCAAAUACCAUACUUUGUCUAUAGGCAGGCGUGGAAGCGACUUGGACAGUGGACAUUAUUUUAUUUUGUCACGAAAAUAUAUCAGCAUCCUCUGCUAAUGGAGUCAGUCAAUCUUCUACCUCUUUGAUAAUAUCUCCUGCACACAAAGUUCUCAGUGAUCUUGAAGCUCCCUCCCCCUAAUUCUAAUAGAUUACUUGAUUCUUCCUUAGGAUCUGUGCUGCUACAAUAGGAUUCUUUGGUUACUUAUUAUUUACGAAUUAUUUAAGGCUGAUAAAGAUGUCCGCAAGAACUCUCUCUGUCAUAUUUAUAAGGAGUUUCAACGAAAUUCACUUUU